AUGCUGAACUGCUCUCAACCUAACACGCUUUCCCUGCUGGAGGCUCUUCAACCAGUCUUCAAACUGAGCUCCAUUCGACCUGUCGUGAAUAUGUCAACCAUUACCAAUGUCAGCAUUAGCUUCACCAUGUUUGGCAUUUUGGGGGUGGAUGAAAAGGCCCAAAUCUUGACAACGUUUAUCUGGCAAACUUCAAUGUGGAGAAAUGAGUUUAUCAGUUGGGACACAGAACAGUGCGGUUCUUCAUGGAUUACAGUUCCAAGAAAACUGCUCUGGGUACCAGACAUAGUCAUCAAUGAAUUUAUGGAGAAGAAUUCAGCUCCAUUUACCCCAUACAGCUAUCUGAUGUCUGAUGGUUUCGUUAUUGAUGGACAGCCUGUCAGAGUGGUCAGCUCAUGCAGGCUCGACAUCUACAGGUUUCCAUUUGACAUCCAGAACUGCAGCUUAAGCUUCAACUCCUACUUACACCGCAUUACUGCCAUGGAGAUCGGCCUCAUAGAACAUCCAGAGAAACUAUUAGAAUACUCUAAAAAAGUGAUGACAACUAUGGGUGAGUGGGAACUAGUGGAUAUCAAGAUGAAGAAAUUUGUUUUUCCAUCUGGGGAUGGCGACCUGUACGAGGAGCUUCGUUUCUAUGUAUCAGUGAGGCGCCGGGCCACCCUGUAUGUGGUGAACCUGCUGAUCCCCAGCUGCUUCCUCAUCACAGUGGACCUCUUCAGCUUCUUGCUGCCUCCCAAGCAAGUCGACCGGUCCUUGUUCAAGAUGACUCUCAUCCUGGGCUACACCGUCUUCCUCCUCAUCAUGAACGACCUGCUGCCUGUCACUGGAAACACCAUACCUCUCAUAAAUGUUUUUCUGUCUCUGUGCCUGGCUCUGAUGGUGGCUAGUCUACUGGAGACUAUCCUCAUUACCAACCUGCUGUUUGGCUCCGCUAACUACUCUCCAGUUCCUCACUGGAUCAGUGUGUUUGUUCUUCAUAUCCUGGGCCGACUGGUACGGCUUCCUCCAAAGCCCAGAGAUGUACAAGACAACACAGUCAUCCAAAAUCCUGCAGCACAAGAAAUGAAAGUCUCCUCUCUGGUGGAAGAGGAGAGCGGUGCUCCAGUGCAGAAAAGACCACUGAAUGAGGAUGAGGCCCUGGAGGAGCUGAGGUGCCUGGGCAAGGAGCUCCAGGCUCUCUGCCUUCAGUUGGAGCAGCAGCAGAGUGGAAACCAGGGCUCGGAGGAGUGGAUCCAGGUGGGUUUGAUCAUAGACCGCCUGCUGUUCGCCCUCUACAUCCUCUUCAUAUUAGUCAGCUUCAUUACCAUCAUCAUUAUCUGGAGACAGUCACACAACAUAGCCUGA